CGUUAACAGACUCGCAAUACUUUAAUCUAUAAUAUGUAUAGCAGUUGCGUAUCUCAAGGAAGUAGAAUUUGUAAUAAAAGGAAAUGAACACUCUUAAAUACAUUGAUAAUAAAGAAAUAUUAAUCAAGAUUACCUGAUUGGCAAUUUUAAUGACGAACAAACUCGCCGUUCUUCACACAAGUAUGCCUUUCAAAAUGCUGAUGAAUUUCUGUUGGUCAUACGAAUCAUGUCAAAGUUUUACAAAGAUAUUUUAGUUAAAAGUGAAAAACUAACGCAGUUUUCCUUCAUUAGCCCUGAAAUGAGCAGGCUUGCACAUCUUGUGCUAUCAGCACGCUGUUCUGAGCUAAAAAGGCAUCUGGCUCAUUGGGAGUGCUUGCAAAAUACGAAUGUCAUAGAAUCAUUUGGAUGGAACACACGGUUAAUAUUAGGAGACAGCUGCUUUGGAAAAAAUGUACAUCAAUUAAUAACUUUGGAUUUGCGAUACCGUCACAUAAAUUAUCAAAAAGAACUUGUUUUCGAAAUGAAUAAUGUAAUAUUAAACGACUUUAUUUAUUUACUUGAAAAUGUACUAGCCAGAUAACAAUCCUCUAAGUGAACACAUAUUAUGGUUCUUGAAAA